GCUUACAGAAAAGUACAAUGGCUGACCGUUUUGACUGUGACAACUGCAAAGAGUCCCUGUAUGGCCGCAAGUACAUCCAGUCAGAUGACAGUCCCUACUGCAUCCCCUGCUAUGACAGCCUGUUCUCUAACACGUGUGAUGAGUGCAAGGAGCUGAUCGGCCAUGAUGCAAGGGAGCUCUUUUACGAGGACCGGCAUUACCAUGAGCACUGCUUCCGCUGUUUCCGUUGUGAUCGCUCUUUGGCAGAUGAGCCUUUCACCAGCCAGGAUGACGCCUUGCUCUGCAAUGACUGCUACUGUAAUGAGUUCUCAUCCAAGUGUGUCGCCUGCGACAAGAUAGUCAUGCCAGGUACGAGGAAGUUGGAGUACGCAGGUUCUACAUGGCACGAGGGGUGCUUCAUCUGUCACAGCUGCGAGCAGCCGAUUGGCUCAAAGUCCUUCAUCCCUGACAAGGAUGAACACUACUGUGUGCCCUGCUACGAGGACAAGUUCGCUCCACGCUGCACGCGCUGUAAAAAGACCCUGGCUAAAGGUGGUGUGACCUACCGGGAUGAGCCAUGGCAUAAGGAGUGUUUUGUGUGCACCAGCUGUAAGAUGCAGCUGGCCGGUGAACACUUCACCUCCCGAGACGAUAGCCCUUACUGCCUCAAGUGCUUCGGCAGCCUGUACGCCAAGAAGUGCGAAGCCUGCAGCAAACCAAUCACAGGUUUCGGAGGAGGAAAGUACAUCUCAUUUGAGGAUCGCCAGUGGCAUCAGCCAUGCUUCACCUGCUCUCAGUGCUCUGUAUCACUGGUGGGCGCCGGUUUCUUCCCUGACGGUGAAAGGAUCCUGUGCCGCGAGUGCCACACCAACCUAUAGAGUAGCAACUCAUCCCCCCCCGCAACCUUCCCUUGACUUACCGUUCACCCUCCAUCACAGCAUUUCAAGAACCCCAAGUCAUUACCGAGGAAGGUAACAAAGGCUAACAAAUGCUGCCUCUCAGGUCAUUUUUCGAGAUCAGUUCCUCGUUGUCCCUGUCUGGAUUAACUUUUUCAUCCAGGAGAGCGCAAAAUGCUGUUUUGAUGCUGCAUUGUUUUAAUCAACCACCACAAAGAUUUCCUCUUAACCAAAUCGAUUUUGUGAAACAAAGUUUAUGGAGUGCCUUAGAAUAACAUAUCUUACAUGUUAUGUACAAUUAAUCCAAAGAAAUGCAAAAUGCUAGUCACUUUGCCAAAAAAAACCCUUCAUAUUUUAUAUAAAUAAGUUGCCACUCCAGAUAGAGGUCAGGCUCUGACGAAGAGACAGAACACUGACAGUUUAGUAUGUAAACCACAGUCUGUAUUUUCAAAAUAUGGUGGUGUAACUGUUGUAAUGCUCUUAUAACUGCAGUUUUAUGCAUUUUGAAUGUUGCUUUUUCCUCACGUGUCAGUUAUCUUUCUAUAAUGUAUGUCUUGAUUUAGAUUUAUGCAUCUUGAACAAGUUACUGUAUGUAAUGACAUAGAAGGAGGUGCGACACUGUUGUAAAAAAGUGGCAAAAAUUAGAAAUGUUUUACUAAAUUAAAACACAUCAAAGUUAAAACAAGAAGAAAAUUCAGAUUUUUUUUUUUUUUACUGAUUACACUUCCAUAAGUUUAUUAUAAUAAUGAUCAAUACAGUCAUUUGCACUUUGGAUAAGAUAUUUUCUUGCUACCAUGUAAUGUGCACAUAAAAACACAACUCAAAGACAUGGAACAAGACACAAAGACCACUUUUUAGUCAUUUAUCUGCUUGUCAAACUUUGCAAUGACACUUAUUUUUUACAUUAAGUUUAAUCUUGUCUCUGUCUUUUUCAUUUGUUGUAAUAAAUCUUUUUUAUCACCAUUGCUUAAAGAGCCAGCAUUUAUAACCCAAAAGAAGCUGAAAUGCAUUACCUUUGUGUAAUGCAGGAUAAUGCAUGUCUUUCUCUGUCUUGAUUUGCCUUGUUUUUAUUUUGUUGCUGUUAAUGCUGUUCCAGUUUUGUUUUUUUGUUAAUUUUUAGUUUGUAACAGGUAUGUAAUGACAAAUUAUAAAAAAAAUACCUAUAUGUCAUUAUUUCAGCUUUGAUGCUGGCGAGUCAGAGUUGGCAACUAUGCAUUUUAAGAGGUCAUCGAAAUGUUAACAGUAUGAAUUUACUGUAAAUCAGAUGAUAAUUGAUAUGGCAAAACGCUACAAUGGUUAGUUUUAUUUGUCAUAUGAAAUAAAUUGACUGAUCUUUGCUGGACAGUUUUUUUUAUA